AUGAGGACAAGUAAAAUCAAAACGUCUUCUCAUCUUCUGCAAUUCUUCGUUGUCUGGCAGUUGGUCAGUUUAACCGAAGCUUAUUGGAUUCGCGAUCUGUCAUAUUGUCCAAGAAAACGUGACGUAACUCGACAACGACAAUGCUUCAAAUCCUGUUUUGACGAUAGCGAUUGUCGUAGUCGAUACCGUUCGUGUGUGUGCGACUAUGACUGCGGCAUGUCUUGUGUCAAACGAGGCAUUAGUUGUCCGUUUCUCGCACCGCCUGAUCAUGGAAGGAUCGUGUAUUCCAAUGAGAAUAAAUUUGGCUCACGCGCAACCUACGAAUGUGAAGCUGGUUUCGUUCUUGAAGGUCCAAAACAUCGGCAUUGCCAAGGGGAUAUGUGGUGGGGACCGAGUGAUUCCGUUCCUUAUUGCACAAAAGAAGUUUUUUGUCCUCGACCACCUGAUAUCGCUAAUGCAGUUAAUGAUAUUCCAAGUAGUAUUACAACAUUUCAUGCUGGUUAUUCAAUUCAAUAUACAUGUCUAACCGGCUUUGUCGGAAAUGGUACAACAACAUCCGAAUGUGCUUUUCUAGGUCAAUGGACAUUUGCGACGCUGAAAUGUAUUCCAAUCGAUUGUGGUCCACCGGGUGUAUUACGUGACGGGUUUUUAAGUGGUGAACGAUUUGACUAUCCAAAUAUCAUUGCAUUUUUUUGUAAUGAUGGCUUUGAACUUGUUGGCAAACACACGACUCGAGCGUGUCAAGAGAAUGGUCUAUGGUCAGGUUCAAUGCCUGUUUGUCAAAAGAAGUCAUGCGGUGCACCACCGUUAGUUACACAUGGAGAAAUCAUUCAACCUGACCGAACAACAAAUGAUACUGUUCAAUACACUUGUGAAGAUGGUUAUCAUCUGCAAGGAUCUUCAAUUUUAAAAUGUCUCGCAGGUGAAUGGCAACCGAAAUCACCUGUAUGUGAACCAAUCACAUGUAAGGAUCCUCAGACAAAUUUCAAUGGAUAUGUUGAAUUACUUUCCAAUCAAAAUUUAUCGCAAUAUUCAAUUGAUUCAAUCGUUAAAUUUCAUUGCCCGAACAAUUUAACAUUGAAAGGGUCGCGCGUGUCGAAAUGUCACGUCAACGGCAGUUGGGUACCGAACAUUCCCAUUUGUGCAGAACCGAUUUCUUGCUCAAUUCCAUUUCUGCCCCCAACUGCUCGUUAUGUCAAUCACGAUCCGUCCAUGAAAAUAAUGAAAGAUGGCAGUCGAUUGGAAUAUGUUUGUGGUCACCUAAGGCAUCGCCGUCGCGUCUUCUGUAGACAAGGUAAAACCUUUCCCAGAGUUCCGAAAUGUUACAUUGGUUGUCGAGUGCAUAAUAAUGAAGUUCUAUUCUCAAAACGAUUCUAUCGCCACAAAGAAAUAGUCGAAUAUAUUUGCAAGAACAAUAGUUCUUCUCCACUCAAUAACGAAACAAUACGUUGCAUCAAUGGUACCCUCUCCAAACAGCCUACUUGCCGUAAAGUUCCAUCGAUGUGCACUGUACCACACAUACUCUUUCUACGUAAUAUUGCAACGACAACAAUUCCAGCAGGUACAUUGUUCCAAAUGGGUACAUCAUUCUCUUAUACAUGCAGUCAAGAUUUUCAACCUGUGAACGAAUCGGGAAUGGUCGAAUGUCUCGAAGAUGGAAGAUUAUCUCAUCAUGCGCGUUGUGUACCAAAAUCGUGUGAAGAACAUCCGCCAUCAAUAAACAAUGGUCGAACAAUCUUUCAUUCAACUAUGCAUAGUUCAAUUGCAAAAUAUAGAUGCUUUCCUGGUUAUAGACUUGAAAAUCAUAAUUUUACAACAGUUACAUGCCAGUAUGGACUUUGGUUACCAAAAGAACUACCUAAAUGUCUACCAAUCUUUUGUCCCAAUCCUGGCCCUUUAGAACACGGAACCAUCUAUGUUGUACUUAACGAUGAACGUAUAUCAGCAGUACCUACUCGAAGCGAAUUUCGUUCAUACAUACCUACUGUUAAUCAUGGCCGAACCAUCGAAUUCGAAUGUGACUUAGGAUAUGGUCUUCAAGGGCCAACUGGUUUGACAUGUGUCCAUGGUCGAUGGUUGCCAGCUGAGAGACCAAGUUGCGUGCCUGAAAGCCAUAUUCAACCAAAUAUAGUAUUUACUGGAUAA